AUGACUGAACGAGUGAGAGAUGAAGGAGCGCCUGUGGGGAUCUUGAAGAAAGGGACGUACGAUAACGAUUCUGAUCCAGAAGAAAAUACUCUUUCUCAUACUGAAGAUGAUGGUGAGGACGACUAUGAUGAUGACGAUGACGAUGAUGACGAUCAAAAGGAGCAUGAACCGUUGCCGACUGAGUAUCCUGGAAACGUUAUACCCGAUGAACAUCCUGAAGAGAUUGAGGCAGAUCAGGAUCUUACUAGUGGCUAUGAUUCAGAUACCGAUUACAUUGAUUUAAUUCAUUUGAAGAUCACAUCACUAGCUGAUUUAAAUCUAAACAGAUUCAAGAAGCUAGAGUCUUUAUGCUUAAGGCAAAACUUGAUAACAUCAAUCUCAGAAGUAAAAGAUUUACCACCUGGCACAUUGGAAGAGUUAGACUUGUAUGAUAAUAGAAUCAAUCAUAUUUCGAGCAGUCUAAAUCAACUUGUUAAUUUGAAGAACUUGGAUCUCUCUUUCAAUAAGAUCAAGACAAUUAAGAACAUUGAUAAAUUAACUAAAUUGGAAAAUCUUUACUUUGUUCAGAAUAAGAUUAAAGAGAUCAAAAAUUUAGAGACUCUCAAGGAAUUGAAAAAUUUAGAAUUGGGAGGGAAUAAGAUUGAAUUUAUCAGCCAAACGAUGCAUAGUCUUGAAAGCUUAACACAGCUAUGGUUGGGAAAAAAUAAGAUCCACAAAUUUGAAAAUUUGGAUUACUUACUGAACUUGCGUAUCCUCUCGAUUCAAUCUAAUAGAAUUUCAAAGAUCGAAGGUUUGGACAAACUUAUUAACCUUGAGGAACUAUACUUGUCCCAUAAUGGGGUCGAAACCAUUGAAAACUUGGAUAAUAACUUGAAAUUGCAGGUGCUCGACGUAACUUCAAAUAAAUUAACUAAAUUAUCGAAUCUUUCACAUCUUGUGAAUCUCACCGACUUUUGGUGUUCUUAUAACCAAAUUUCAAGUUUCCAAGAGAUUUCACAGGAGUUAGGAAAGCUACCCGUACUAGAUACGGUAUACUUUGAAGGUAAUCCCGUUCAGACUCAGAAUCCAACUGCAUAUAGGAGAAAACUAAUGCUAAAUCUCGGCCCAAGUCUAGCCAAAAUUGACGCCACAUACGUUCGUAGCUAG